AAGUAGAAUAGAUGGCCCGUUUGUGAUUAGAUGUUUAAGCUUACAUUUUGUACGGUUUCAUAGCAAUUGUUGCAGAAAUGGAAGUUCAAAUAACAUCAAAGCAAAUGGUUAAGCCCUCUUCUUCAAAGCUUCAUCUUUUGAAGCCAUUCCAGCUUUCCCUUAUAGACCAAGUCAGUACAACAAAUUAUGUUCCAUUCAUUUUCUUUUACCCCAAACCUUGUGAUUCCCAUAUCGACGGUUCCCAAUUCUCAAAUAAACUGAAACAGUCACUGCCGAAAGCUUUGACUCAGUUUUACCCUCUCUCUGGUCGGACAAGGAACAACCUCUUUAUCAGUCAUUACGAUGAAGGAGUUCCAUUUGUUGAAGCCAGGGUGAAAGGCCGAUUAUCUGAUUUCAUUGAGGGAACUGGUGAAGUACCAGAGCUAGAGGCACUGAAACAGUUGCUUCCUUGCCGACCCUUUUGUUUUUUCCAAGACUACUCAGCGCUACCCCAACUGGGAAUUCAAGUAAACAUCUUCGAUUGCGGUGGGAUUGCACUAGCUUUGUGCUGUUUACACAAGAUCAUCGAUGCGACAACCAUUUCUUGUUUCUUGAAAACUUGGGCAGCUUUUAGUCUCGGCUCUAAUGGUGAAAUACCGGAUCCUGAUUUGUUAGAGGCAGGGUCAAGGUUUUUUCCUCCAAUGGAGUCGAUGCCCACAAGUAUCAACUUGAAACGCCUGCUGUUCAACGAAGGCAGGCGUAAGUCAAGGAGUUUCGUGUUUGAUGCCAAUGCAAUUGCCACCCUAAUGUUCAAAGCCAAAAGCAAAAGCUUGGAACAGCCUUCCCGAGUUGCAUCUCUGGGUGCAUUCUUAUGGAAACAUGCCAUCCAGGCUUCUAGAUCAAUUUCAGGAAGUCGAAAGCCAGCUAUUUUAUGCCAGACGGUGAAUAUUCGACGAAAAAUGAAACCGCAACUACCAGAUUAUUCAAUUGGGAAUCUGUAUUUGUUGCCAACUACCACAUAUAACUCAGUUGGGAAAGAUGUGGAGUUAACUGAGUUGGCUUAUCUAGUGAGUGAAGCAGUGAAAAGCGUGAAUAAGUAUUCCCAGGAUCUUCUCCGAGGAUUUAAAACUAUAAAAGAGCAACAAACUGAGAUAACAGAAAUGGUUUCAAAAGGAAAUGCAGAGUUUUACACUUUAGUGAGUUGGUUGAAUACACUAGACGGGAAACAAGAUUUUGGGUGGGGAAAGUCGAGUUUGUUUAGCAUCCCAGGGGUCGAUAGCCAUAACCCAGGAUUCAGCGAUCGUUUUAUUCUAAAACAGGCUAGGCAUCACAACUCCAUUGAAGCAUGGGUUACUCUACCCGACAAAGUUAUGGCUGUUCUGGAACAUGAUCCCGACUUCCUAGCUUUUGCUUCUCCAAAUCCAUCCAUGGGCAAAUUUAAAGCAAAAAAACAAGAUUCAAUGGCGAAACUCUGAGUGGAAAGAUCUGAGUUGUUUUGGAGAAACUUCUGUUUUUAUGAUCUUUGCUUGCUAUUGUAUGCGUUUGAAGUUACUUCUGUUUGUUAUUGUCAUUGCUUAAUUCGCUUCAAUAUAGGCUUCUUUAUGUUUGAUUGAGAUAAACAA